AUGGCUUCUUUCGGACCCACGCCAGUGCCGGAGGCCGCCGUCGCCCCCUCGUCGCCUCUUGGGGCGGACGGCUCUGAGGCCACGCCUGGCGUGGGUCUGGAGGUCGGCCCGACAUCGGCGCCUACUACGACCGCGCCUGGUGGCUUCGACUUGGAUAGCCUUGAUGGGCUUGAGCCUACGCCUUUUGGGGCGUGUGCCUCGACAGGCACUCUGCCCGCAGAGGCUUUGGCGCCGGGUGGGGGCUAUGGGUCCGAGGUCGUCGAUCUACUGGGCUUGGAUCCCGACGACAGUCCGGACGCCUCGAACCUGUGGGCGGCCUUGGUCGAGGCCGAUGCCACGCCCGACCAGGACACUGCCACUGGCGACGGGCCGCCAACUUUGUCCACGUCGGCGUCUUCGGCAUCCUUGGCGCCGGGGGCGGGCCAGCCCACGACGGAUCCUGGCCCGUCGGCGCCGGAGGCGCGCGCCUUUUGGGAAGGGCUUGACCCGGCUCCUACCAGGACCCCGCCUCCGCUGGUCGCCGACCCGCCGUUCUCAGAGGCGGGCUGGGAUGCACUCACGUCCUACCUGGCCGAGUUCGACGCCGCCGAAGGGCGCCUGCGGCCUCAUCGGCUUUGCCCAUCCGGGCGGCGGCAAAGCCCAAGACGGUGCUUCGCCGCCGGCGCCUAUGUCGAGCUCGCCGGCAAAGCCGCCACCGGUGCCAUUCCCGCCGAGGCGGCCAGCAGCUCUACCGCCAGGGCCGUCUUGAAGGCACCGCCGGUGCUGGAGCCGGAGGCGCCGAGCGCAUCUACGACGCCUCCUCCGUCGAUGGCGUCUACCCUUGGGCCCACGCCGCCGGCGGCCGUGCCGAAGAAGGCCGCCCCGCCCGAGCUCCAGGACCAGGAGCAGGUGGAUCCACAUCGCCAGGAAUUCCUCCGGCGCCAGGCCUUCAUCCGACAGGAGCAGGCCGCCAGAAGCUAUGCGGGGCUUCGCCAGCUGCCGGACAAUGUGGAUUACGACACCGCCCUGGCCUCUCAAAUAGAGAGAGAGUUCGCCGAGCAGCGCGCCAUGGGCCCCCCGCCAGCCCAGCGGCCGGCAGCGGCCUCCGGCCAGGCCACACAGGCGGAUCGGGCGUCGGGGCCCCCGCCGGAGCAGGCCCAUCCAGCCCCUCGCCGGGUCCAGGUGGUGGAGGAUACCCACCCCCGCCCUGUGCCGGGCCGCCCCACGCCGGCCACAACCAUCGAGUCGCCGUGGCAGGACUACCUUAACGCCGACGCGGCGGCUCAGGGGGCGGCUGCUUCUUCCUCGGCGGUGCCGCCUCCGCCGAAGGCGUCCUUUCCUUCGGUGGAGAUGGCCGGCCAAGGGCGCCACGGCUUCGGCAGCCGCAACAGGGUACCCGCUCCACGAGCCGGGCGCCUCUAUGGGGUGUCGACUCUGGCCUUGGUCGCGGCCGGUCCCGACAGGCCAGACCUGCCGGCCAGGCGGGCGGAGGCACGAGCGUCCCUGGCCGCCGCGGUCGAGGCGGUCCGCCCGGCCAACCUCAAGAGGGCUAUCGCCGAGCUCCGGGGCGACAUGCUGGCCAAGACGACUCGGGGGCCAUACGAGUCACGCCUCAAGACCUGGAACAGGCUCGCCUAUGAGGGCGAGGUGGCGCCAUGGCCCAUCUCGGCGCACGUCCUCGAGGUCAUCGGGGCGGGCUUCAAGAAGGGCGCCUACCGCAGCGCCAAGGAAUAUUUCCUCGCCGCUUUCAGGCACCAGGAGAACGAGCUUCGCAUCGCAGUCGACCCGUUCCUGCGCCGCCUGGCUAAUCGGAUCAUCCGGUCCGUGGUGCGGGGCCUCCCGGGCUCGCGCCUGAAGGAGGCCUUUCCCGUGCUCGCCCUG